CUUCCGGCGCGGCUCCUGAGACAGUGCACACACAGAAGAGAAGAUGGCAGAGGAAUCCAAUGAUGAAAAGAAGCCCCUGGCUAAGUUCGAGUUAGAACGAGAGACAGAACUGCGUUUUGAGGUGGAAGCCUCCCAGUCAGCCCAGCUGGAACUAUUGGCUGGCAUGGCUGAGAUCUUUGGUACAGAACUGACUCGAAACAAAAAGUUCACUUUUGAUGCAGGUGCCAAAGUGGCUGUCUUUACUUGGCAUGGCUGUUCUCUUCAGCUGAGUGGGCGCACCGAGGUGGCUUAUGUCUCCAAGGACACCCCCAUGCUCCUUUAUCUUAACACUCACACAGCCCUGGAACAAAUGAGGCGGCAAGCAGAGCGUGAGGAAGAGCGAGGUCCCCGAGUGAUGGUAGUCGGCCCUACAGAUGUAGGCAAGUCCACAGUGUGCCGUCUAUUACUGAAUUAUGCUGUGCGACUAGGCCGGCGACCCACCUAUGUGGAGCUAGAUGUCGGCCAAGGCUCAGUGUCCAUUCCUGGAACUAUGGGAGCCCUUUACAUCGAGCGACCUGCUGAUGUAGAGGAAGGUUUCUCUAUCCAGGCCCCAUUAGUCUAUCAUUUUGGUUCUACAACACCUGGUACCAACAUCAAGCUUUAUAAUAAGAUCACAUCUCGACUUGCCGAUGUCUUCAAUCAACGGUGUGAGGUGAACCGACGAGCCUCUGUCAGUGGCUGUGUCAUUAACACCUGUGGGUGGGUCAAGGGCUCUGGCUACCAGGCUCUGGUGCAUGCUGCUUCUGCUUUUGAGGUGGAUGUGGUGGUAGUACUGGACCAGGAACGACUGUACAAUGAGCUAAAGCGGGACUUGCCUCAUUUUGUGCGCACUGUUCUACUCCCUAAGUCAGGAGGAGUGGUUGAACGUUCAAAGGACUUCCGUCGGGAGUAUAGGGACGAGCGCAUCCGAGAAUAUUUCUAUGGCUUCCGAGGCUGCUUCUAUCCCCAUGCCUUCAAUGUCAAGUUCUCUGAUGUGAAAAUCUACAAGGUGGGGGCACCCACCAUCCCAGACUCAUGUCUUCCUUUGGGAAUGUCACAGGAGGACAAUCAGCUGAAACUGGUACCAGUCACCCCAGGGCGAGAUAUGGUGCACCACCUCUUGAGUGUCAGCACAGCUGAGGGCACUGAGGAGAACAUCUCUGAGACUAGUGUGGCUGGCUUCAUUGUGGUGACUAGUGUGGACCUGGAGCACCAGGUCUUUACUGUGCUCUCUCCAGCCCCUCGCCCACUACCUAAGAACUUCCUCCUCAUCAUGGACAUCCGCUUCAUGGAUCUCAAGUAGGGAUUUCUGCAUGUGUCAGAGGGACCCUCCACAUACAUCCAGGGGGGAGGGCUCAGGUGGUUGGAAGCUCUUGUGGCCAGAAACUCCUGGGUAAAACUGGUUUAGUGGGAAACAGAUAGGCCACCUUUGAGAACUAAUGGUAACCUGACCCUUUGAAAUUGCAUUUUCCUCUCAGUUCAUGACAGGGGACUUGGCCUCAGAGUAGAUCUGGGAUGCCAACUGGGAUUUUCAAAGACCCUGGGAAACACUUUCCCUAUUUCACUGUUACUAGGCAGUCCAAUUAUGUUCUUCCUUUUGGCUUUUUAUCCUUAACUUAUAUUUCACACACUAUCCUUUUCUCUUUGUCCAUGGUGGGAGUACAAAUUGAAGGACAUCUUUCAGGAGAGUUCAGACUUUUAAAAAAGAUUUUUCUAGUUUUAAUAAAUAUUUUUGCAGCUCUUCGCCCAA